AUGACGCCCGCAAGGGCCACAGAGCAGAGCCCCUGCUUCCUGCUGGAUGUCACCUUUCAGCCCCGAGAGUCUGGGGAUGGGAGCCGGCAGCUCUCCUGUGCACAGAGCACCGCAGGAAGCACUGGAAUCCGGAAAGAGCGAGGGUUUUGUCUCCGCAGCGUGCAGGGAUGGGUGCAGGCUCCGUCCAAGGUCUUGGCAAGAAGAGAAACUGCCACCGCAGAGGGGCUGGCUGAGGGGCUGGGAUGGGGGCUGAGGGGCUGGGAUGGGGACUCCGGGGUGUGGAGUCGCACACCAGCCCCUUCCACCCAGGCAGAAGGUCCACUGCGCUCUGCUCUGCAGCCUGCCUGUUCCUGUGCCAGCCAGGGCACUCCCAGGCCCGUCUGCAGCCAGAACACAGCCGGUUCCGUGUGCUUGUCCUCAGGACCCAUUAGGAAUGAAUCCAGGCCUCGGUCCUGGCCGCCUCUCUGAGGCUGGACGCUCAGGUGUCCCCUUCAGCCCCUUUCUCUAGACCUUCCUGCUGAACAAAAAACAUCUCACAGCUCUGCAACAGCCAGGAGCUGCUGGUGGAGCUCCAUGCCCGGCCGCAGAGAGAGGAGGCGCCCUGGGCAGCCCGCCAGCACCCGGGCUCCCACAGCGGGCGUCUUCUUCGGCUCUAUUUUGAAAGCUGUUCUUUCCACAGUGCCUUUGACAAGAAUCGAUUUGAGUGAGCCAGCGUGUCAAUACAGGCUAGCACAGGACUGGCCUCAGGGCUACAUUGGGGCGGGUGACAACCAGGCCCUGGCUGCAACCCCGGGCAAAAGCAUGGCCAGGCAGGAGGUGGGGCCUGUGAGGUUGGCUACAGCGACUGUGGGCGCUGGGUUUGGGGCUCCUCAGCCCUGAGAGGGGACCCAGGCCCAGGCGGGCUCCCAGCCUCCAGAUCUUCUCCCCUUGAGACCUCGCCUUCUGCACAGCGACAGGAAAGACCCCCUGAGUCCCACUCUGCAGGGAUGUAUUCCAUUUCCAGAAAGUUCCUUCCGGGUGCAGAGUGACACGUGAGCCCUGGGGACUUGCCUCGACUUGGUACUGAUUUUCUCCACGGAGGACCCAGCAGUCACGGCCCGUGUCUGCACAGCCCUCGGAUCCCGCGGAGGAAUUCAGCCGGCCCCUCCCCCUGUGCCGUUCCCUGCUGUUCAACCCAAAAGCCAUGGAGGCAAAGUCAGGCCAGGUUCGGGCUCCAUGCAAAGUGCCCUUUGCAAGGUCCCCCUGUGGCCAAGCCCAGCUCCAUGAGGGUACAGUGAGAACACGGGAGAGGACUUAGAGACCGCCUGCCGCCGCCGAGGGAGGCAGAGCGGGAUUCGCACCCCCGUCAUCGCUGGGCCCACACACCGCCGACGGCUUCCGCGUGUGGCCAUCUGUCUCUCAGCAACCCUCUGGCAGAGGGACCCAGCAGAUGAUUCGGGGGCCGUUCACACUCUGAAACCUGCUUGGAGUCAAAACACUGCUGGCGAGCCUCCGCUGCAAACCCAACCCAGACAGUCUUCCACGGUGGCCCUCGCAGUGGCGGGCACCCUGCCCACUCGCUGCCAGCCCCUGCCCGCUGGCCUCCAGGCCCGGCCGGGCCCCUGACCGGUCUCCUGACCCAGCAUGCUGCUCCCCCUCGGGCCCGGCUUCCUUGCCCGCUGGGAUUCCCAGGCCUCCCAGCCCAGCCCUGCAGCAGGAGCCCCGAGGGAGGCUUGGCAGCUGCAGAGGCGAGUGGGCCACGCGGAGCCUGGAGGCCAGCAGGACCAGGAGCCCCUCACGGCGCAGCAGCCACAGCAUCACAAGCCACUUCCACUCCUGGGCGACCUGGGGGCCCCCACCCCGGUCUGAGCUGCCCCUUAUUGUGACCUGGGGCUCCCUGUGGUGGGCUCCCCCGGUGCCCCCAGAUCCAGCCUCAGGGAGGUUCCAGACGCCGGCCAGGCCUCAGCGGCUCCACCCAGGAUCACACACUCCUAUCUCCGCACUUCCGCCCUCCAUCCUGCUCCAUGCCGCCUCUGCUUGUUAUUCCAGCACAUUCCGGGGCGAUGCCUGCUGCAGUGGCGCAGCCAGUACCUCCACCCUCCCCCCCACAUGACCCACCAGCCCCUCCGCAUUCCCUCCGCUCUGUGCCCUCCCUGACUGGAAGCCUGCCUGGCCCGAAGGGUCCUCACCUGGUGAGGGUGGGGUGUCGCCCUCACCUCCCCUCCACCCCAGCCCACCUGUGACUCAGCCCCGAAACCCUAACAGCUCUGUCCUCCCGGAGGGAGCCGGUGACUUGGUUCUGAUGGUGCCUGGACCCAGCCCCGGCAUGUUCAGAAUCCUUGUCCUUUAACCUGCCUCCACCUGUGGUCGCCUCUGCCUCCCUGCCUGACCCUGCAGGCCCUGUGGAGCAAACACUGAGGAACCCUGAGGAACAGAAACCCGAGCCUCCUGUGGCCCCAGCGAGGUUUCCUCUGGGGGAGACAGUGAGCCCAAAGCUCUGGCUCUCGAGGGGUGGACAGAGGCCGGCUGGCGUUGACGGGGUGCCCCUCUCUACCGGCUUCCACAGUCCUUGAGAGCAAAGACGGUCCCGGCAGUGGAGCAGAGGGCAUGGGUGGGGCAUCCAGUCUCCAGGGAGCCACUGUUGGGUGGGGAGGAGCCCGAAGUGGGCUCCGGACCCCCGCGGGGAGAGUGUCCCCUUCCAGUGGGGGCGGCUGAUUGAUCUGGGCACAGGGGCAGGAAUAGCCACCCCAUCUGGUGCUGACCUCGAGGCCGUGCCUCUCGGGGCAUUUUGGCAGACCCACUUGGACCUGGGGACAGCCUGAUUUCCUGCGGCCGUGACCCACAAGGGUGGCAGCUCUCUCAGUCUUGACUUACCAGGACACAAACCCAGGCCAUUUAAUGUGCAGGCAGCCCCAAGUCCCGGCAGGGCCAGAAGCAGACCGUGGCUGGGGAUGAAAGCUGCAUGCUGGUCCCUGGGGCCCCGCUCACUCUGAGCUCCUGAGAGGAGGGAAGUCCCCACGCCCCACUGGGUGGAGUGCUCCUUGGCCUAGGACCCCGUCCCAUGUCUGCUGCCGUGGGGGUGGACUCUGGGCAGAGAGAGGCCAGACGGGCACCCAGGUAAGCUGGAACAUAUCCCUCCUGCUUCCCCCAGGGUCCCCAGAGGCAACCUCCCUCCUGCACAGGCGUCUGUCACCUUACCCUCUAGGACAUCUUUGCCACGUGCAGUGAACCCCCGGACCAUGUUGCAUGCCGCAUCGCCGGAUUUGGGCUGUAUACAGACCAAAGCAUGUGGCAUGGCGCCUUCUGCCAUCAGCGAGUUCCUUGUCUCUCGAUAGUAUGUGUCCAGGCUGCCCUUCAAGGUGGCAGUGAGGGCAGUUGUCUCUUGCACGCUGUGUACAGUUCUGUCACUGACCCUUACACACAGCCCUGGAGACAAGAGAGCGUCGGGAGCAUUCCAUGCAAGUGUCCUGGCAUGUGCGGGCGUCUCCAUAGCACGAACCCGAGCCGGGGACCACCCCCUCCCCUGCUUCCAUGAUUCCACCAACUGGGGGGGCAGAGCCAGGGCUGGAGGCACGCCCCGGGUGACAGCAGGUGGCCAUGCCGGUGAGUGCACGCGUUCUCAGUUAAUUUAUCCUAAAUAUUUGUAAGUUUCUUGAUUAUUGCAGUUGCAUCCCCAAGAUAAUGCCCCCCUCACCACAUAGAAGGCACAUGUGCUCUGAUGGCCCCUCCCACACUGGGGUCAGGGCACAGCACCAUAGCGAGGCGGCGUGGGGGCUCAGAGGACCUCGGACAAGGCUGGGUACAUGGGGCUUCUCCAGCCAGCCAGGAGGAAGCACCCUGCAGACUGCUAACUUUUACAAACUACAGUAAAAAAGAACAGCUAGAAAAUGAAAACGAAAAAGGAAAGAUAUAC